CGUCAAGGAAUUGAAGUGUAAAUUGAAAGAGUUUGGGACGUCUUUGGGGUACAAUCAACACAAACCAACAUGACCAAACAAGAAGAGAAAGAUUUUCAAAAAUUCCUUGACGAAAAUCAGUACUCAAGCAAUGGAAUAUUGCGAUACGAAAAGCUAUUUGGUCGUGGUUUCGUAAGUACUGGUGGAGCAGAAACUACAGAGGAGUUUGUCAUGAUGCUAAACUUAAAGCCAGGUCAAAAGGUCCUUGAUGUUGGUUGUGGAAUUGGAGGAAGUGCUUUUUUCAUGAUUAAGAAUUUUGGUGUUGAUGUCCUUGGUGUUGAUCUGUCAACUAAUAUGAUUGACAUUGGAAAACAACGUGCAGUAGAAAUGGACUGUGAAAAGGUAGAGUUUUUAAUAGCUGAUAUAACUACAGCGACUUAUGAGCCAGCAUCAUUUGAUGUAAUCUACAGUAGAGACACUAUCUUGCACAUUGCAGAGAAAGAGAAACUUUUUGCUAAUUUUCUGAAAUGGUUAAAACCUGGUGGGCAGCUGUUGAUUUCUGACUAUUGUUGUGGUGAAGGAGAGCAUUCAGACAGGUUCAAAGCUUACGUCAAACAAAGACACUAUCACUUACUAACUGUUCCAAGUUAUGGAAAGAUGAUUGAAAAUGUUGGUUUUAUUGAAGUAAAAGCUGAAGACAGAACACAGCAAUUCACUAAUAUGCUUCAAAAAGAAGUAAAAAGAGUAGAGGGAAAUAAAGAAGAAUUUCUCAAAGACUUCACACAGGAAGAUUAUGAUGCUCUCAUUAAAGGCUGGAAGGAUAAGCUUGUCAGGUGUCAAGAUGGGGACCAAAAGUGGGGACUUAUUUAUGCUAGAAAAAAACAAUAGUUUUUUUUAAUAUCACCUGUAAGACUCUGUCAGCAGGGAACGUACUUGAAUCUUGUUGUACGUAACUAUAACGUUAUGAAAUAAUAUAUUUUUAUGAUUGGGGCUGGGGAUAAUUUAUGCAUGGGUUUAGUAUUUUUAAUUAACCUAAUAUAUUUAAGUAGAUGGAAGUGUAGGAAAAUGAUGUUAGACAUUGAAUAUUGAUAGGGUAGUAUUCAGAAGUCUUCUCCACAAUGAAGUUUGAGGUGGAAUGCAGUGGAUGGGGGAGAGAAAAUGGAAAAAAAAAUGGAAAAAAAAAMCACUAAAGAUCAUAUAGUUUAUUUUACUCUUUGAUUAAUAAAACACAUCUGAAUUAACAAAAUGUA